AUGGCAACGACCCUCCUCUCCCUCCUCUCCACCACCCUCCUCUCAACCUACGGCCUAACCCUCUCCUACAAAAACAUCACGCUCCUGCAAAAAUACCAAGCAAAGAGCGAAAAAGCCGCAGAAUGGUCCUUCAGCGCAGCCCGACGGUUGAAAACGACGCAGACCACACAGGCGGCUGGGACAGUGAGCUUACUCCUCUCCCUCGUAACUUCCGCAGCGCUCCUCGUUCUCCAACCGCCGUGUGAUUCCACGUCGUCCCGCUUCGUUGCCCCUCUUGCGCUCGCGGCCGUGGUGUUUGCGGCGCGUGUGCAUAUGGCGCGGUUUUGGAAUACGAAGGAGCAGGUUCGCGUCCCGUUCAUGACUGAUUACAACGAUGCGGCGCGGGGCAGUGAGAAGGUCGUUGGUGUGUUGAGUGUGCUGGCGUUUUCGUGGGGGUGGGAGGUUGUCGAGUUUGGGAUGGCGGGGAAGGGGGUUUGGGUGGAGAUGCUGGUUAGUGGUGUUGGGUGGGUGGGGAGGGGGUUGUUGGGGAUGCUGUGUGUUAUCCAGGCGUGA